GAUCUCACUCCGCAGUUCCGCAAGCUCCUUACUCCGGGAAAGAUUGGCCAGGUUGUAUGUCUAGGCAACCUCACAGACAAGGAGACGUACGAUUUUCUACGCGCAAUCGCCCCCGAUCUACACAUUGUCAAAGGUGACUUCGAUACCGAAGCCUCCAACUUAGCGUUGUCAAAAGUUGUACAGCAUGGAGGCCUCCGAAUAGGAUUUACACACGGGCAUACUAUAAUUCCUCAAGGGGAGGCAGAUGCACUAUUGAUUGCCGCACGUCAAAUGGAUGUUGAUAUCCUGCUAUGGGGCGGAACUCAUAAAUUUGAAGCAUACGAACUAGAGGGGAAGUUCUUUGUGAACCCAGGUAGCGCCACAGGGGCUUUCAGCACCAGCUGGUUGGCCGUUGAGGAGGAGCCUUCACCAAGCUUCUGCUUGAUGGACAUCCAAGGAGAUGUUCUAGUCCUCUACGUUUACCAACUACGGACCGACGCGAAUGGAAACGAAAACGUCGCAGUCGAAAAGGUCUCAUUCAGAAAGCCAGCGCCCGCAGAGACAUGA